AUGAGAGCUGUAAAACAAACUCCUACAAACUCUUAUGCCUUAAAGGAUUCAAUGAUGCAAUGUGAAAAUGGGCAGAUCAAUGUGCUUGAGCAUAGACAUUGUAUUAUUAAUUACUGCAAUGCUCCUGCUGGUGAUUCUUUUUGUGGUAUUAGAGUUGAUUCAAAUAAUGUACUGCAAACCUCACUUGGCUCUCUGGAGUUGUUGAUAAGGAUGCAUGGGAUGCUUAUUUUGGCUUAUUUUGGCUCAUUUUCUGGAAGGGCAUUCAGAUACCCUCCACCUGUUGCUAAUAGAGCCACUUUUUCUGAAUUGACAGGGUCAACAGAAUUGGGGAAAUUCAAGCCAACAUGA